CCAUUUGAAUGUAUCAUUACAUACCGUAAACGUAUUAUCCAUUUGAAUGUGUCAUUAUAUUAUAUUAUAUUACAUAUAGUAUUAUCCUUUUGAAUGUAUCAUUAUAUUACAUACCGGUUGCCUCUUUCUUUAUAAAAUGUGCAUUGGACAACAAUUACGUAUGCUGUAGUACGAAAAUAUGAAAAAACGAUGCUGCAAGUCUCUUAUUACGAUAAUUAUAUAGCUGUCGAACCCCAAUGAAGAGAAAACUGGAUGAACGUUAUCGUCAGAAAAUCAUAUUGUGUGAUUAUAGACAGACUAUAGAUACUUCGUGAAACUGAUUUAGGGUGCUACUGACAAUAGAACAUCAAAAGUGAUAGUGUUUCACAAUGAUUUACGUGCGAUAGAAUAACAAACUUUUUUAUUUCUUUAAUUAUAACUUGUAUUCUAACUUAACAUUGUACUUAUUGUACUUACGCGUUAAAUUUAUGUUCCAUACAUCUGCAGUGUUUAAAAGUCGAGAUUAGAGAUGGAAAAAGCAAAGAUUAUGGAAUUUACGUUCAAAGUUCUUUCGGUUGUGGGAGUUUGGCCGCCAGAUUCUUGGACAUCGUCUUUUAAACGCGCCAUGUAUAACGUUUACUCGGCUUUCAUAACUUUGAUGAUAUUCACUUUACUGAUACCUCAGCUUUUGGAUAUUAUUCUGAACGUCAAAACUACUGAAGAUUUCGCGGAUAUUUUCUACAUGCUGCUCGCCGUGGCUAUGUCCUGCUUCAAAAUGACCAACCUUUUGAUAAAUCGUAAGAAUAUAAAAAUGUUAAAGAAUAUCCUCUCUGAAAGACCAUUUAUCCCAGUGGAAGCUGACGAGAUGGAAAUUCGACGUAAAUAUGACAAAAGUAUACACCAGAAGACUUUUUGGUAUACGGUUCUGGCAGAAGUGACAUUAAUGUGGACUGCACUGGCAUCGUUUCUCACCGAUUUUCGAAGCGGUAACUUGACUUUUCGAGAAUGGACACCCUAUAAUUAUUCCGAGACAAUGUUCUGCGUCAUAUACGUUCGUCAACUAAUAAGCACAUCAAUGGGCGCUAUGGUGAAUAUAGCCUGUGACAGUAUGAUUUGUGGCUUUAUCUUGCACGUGUGCUGUCAAUUUGAGAUACUGGAGUGCCGUUUAAAAAAAGUCGCUCUCGAUCAAAAGAAUCUGCGAAUGGGUGAUUGUGUACAUCAACAUGACUGCAUAUUUAAAUUUGCAUUUAUGAUAAACGAACACUUCAAGCCGAUUAUUACCAUUCAGUUUAUAGUGAGUAUGCUAGUGGUAUGCUCUAAUUUAUAUCAAUUAGCAAAGGUAACGUUGAACGCAGAAUCUUUGACUUUGAUGUUAUACACGACAUCCAUGCUAACACAGAUUCUCAUUUACUGCUGGUUUGGAAACGAAGUUAAGAUAAAGAGUGUUCAACUCGCUGCAAAUAUCUUCGAAAUAGAAUGGCUCAAACUGGAUAGAAGCUCUAAAAAGGAUUUGUUGAUAAUUAUGAAUCGUUCGUUAGUACCCAUUGAAUUUUCAAGUGCAUACAUUAUAACGAUGAACGUUGAUUCCUUCGUAAGCUUACUUAAGACAUCAUAUUCAGCUUAUACUCUACUAAAGCAAAUGGAAAUGGAAUAAUUCAAGCAAAAUAGAAGUAUGAAAAUUAUUGUAUAACUCGUAUAUAGUCAUAUUGUUUUCCAUUCAUAUUAGGUAUAGUUGUUGAUUAAUGUUAAUUAUCGUAAGUCUUUUAUCCCUGUUCUAUUAUUAUACUUAUCAUAAGUAAAUGAAUAAAUAAGAAUUAAUUAG